CUCCUGAAUGCUGUGUGGGUCGGUGGGACAGCUUUUCCAUCCUCCAGGCCAGUGAUGCAGGCAUCACCACAGAGCUGGGCCCUCAGGCUGCUCCCUCUCCUGCUCGCCGCUACCGGGAGCAUUGCCACAGCCGAAGGUGAGGUUUGAGGACCCAGCAAUGGCAUUGUCCCUGCCGGUAUAUAUUAGCACUGGUCUGGGUGGACGGGCGGAUGGAUGGGCUCACAGGUAACCUCAGGCGUAGUUUGUCUCACAGGUAACCUCAGCAGAAGUUCAUGAGUAACUGUGGUCAGGUGUGUGUGUUGUGUGUCUGUGUGUCUGUGUGUGUGUCUGUCUGUGUGUGUAUGUGUGUGUGUCAGAUCCAGCUUAUGUAAAGUGUUAUGACACAACGGGAUGGAUGGACUGUUUGUCUUUCCGUUGUUUUUGUGUACAGUCAUCUUCACAGUCUUCCUCACAGUCUUCCUCACAGUCUUCCUCACACCAUCAUGACUGCUGCUGCUAUUCUCUCUGCGGGAAGAAUCUGACACUGAGAGUCAUCAAGGUGUUUCUUAACUGCUUUUGUCCUUUUUGACGCCUCCUCAGAACCCAAGUCCCCUAGGAAAGAUGUGUACUCAACUGUCUCAACGUGCUUUUGUGUUCCUUUCAUAUAGCGGCGCAGGAGAAAGAGAGGGACCCAGCCUAUUGGAAUGCUCAGGCCAAAGAGACGCUCCAAGCCGCGCUGAGACUCCGCCCCCGGUUGCACCGCGCCAAGAACAUCAUCCUCUUCCUGGGGGACGGUAAAGAGGCAGAACCGUAGACAUAUGAUAACCAGAUGUGGUUUAUGUAAAGCACGGCAUUAUCUGGCACUGCAGAGCACAGCCAUUUCUUUGUCAAUUCUCUGUGCUGGAUAAAUCAUUGGAAUGGUAGUUAUUGAGGCUCAGGCGUGCAUCCAACGAAUGUGGUUUAAAGAGAGUAGAGUUGCUUUGGGAUGCACAUGGACAUAAGGUCCAAGUGUUUUGUCAAUGGCUGACAUAAUUUCUACUCUGCAUGAAAGGUCUAUUUUGUCAUAUUUAUGAGGAACUUCUUCUUCUUCUUCUUCUUCAUGAGUCAUUUACAUUUACAUUUUAGUCAUUUAGCAGACGCUCUUAUCCAGAGUUAGUGCAUUCCUUUAUUUAAGAUACUCUUUGAAGAGGUAGGGUUUCAGAUGUUUUCGGAAGAUGGGCAGGGACUCUGUUGUACUAGCUUCAGGGGGAAGCUGGUUCCACCAUUGGGGUGCCAGGACAGAGAAGAGCUUUGACUGGGCUGAGCGGGCGCUGACCCCCCGUAGGGGUGGGAGGGCCAAGAGACCAGAGGUGGCAGAACGGAGUGCUCGGGUUGGGGGGUAGGGUUUGAGCAUAGCCUGAAGGUAGGCAGGGGCAGUUCCUCUUGCUGCUCCGUAGGUAAUCACCAUGGUCUUGUACUGGAUGCGAGCUUCGACUGGAAGCCAGUGGAGUGUGUGGAGGAGCGGGGUGACAUGAGAGAACUUGGGAAGGUUGAACACCAGGUGGGCUGCAGAGUUCUGGAUAAGUUGCAGGGGUUUGAUGGCACAAGCAGGGAGCCCAGUCAACAGCAAGUUGCAGUAGUCCAGACGGGAGAUGACAAGUGCCUGGACUAGGACCUGCGCUGCUUCCUGUAUGAGGUAGGGUCGUACUCUACGAAUGUUGUAUAGCAUGGAGCGAGUCACUGCUUUGAUGUUUGCAGAGAAUGACAGCAUGUUGUCCAGGGUCUCGCCAAGGUUCUUUGCACUCUGCGAGAGGGACACCGUGGCGUUGUCAACCGUGAUGGAGAGGUGUUUGAUCGGACAGAAUGUUCAGGAGUAUUUCUGUCUGUAAUAAAGCCCUUUUGUAAGGAAAAACACAUUCUGAUUGGCUGGGACUGGCUCCCCAGUGGGUGGGCCUGUCUUCCAAGUGGGUGGGCCUAUGCCAUCCCAGGCCCACCCAUGGCUCCGCCCCUGCCCAGUCAUGUGAAAUCCAUGAAUUAGGGCCUAAUUUAUUUAUUUCAAUUAACUGAUUUCUUUAUAUGAACUGUAACUCAGCAAAAUCUUUUAAAUUGUUGUGUGUUGCGUCUAUAUUUUUGUUCAGUAAAGAUAUAAUUGUAUCAAUAUAAGAGGCUUCUCAAUUAAAAACAUUAGGAAAUAGGAUGUGUUAGUCUUAGAGCACAUUAAUGAGGGCGGAGCCUAUCAAUGUCAUCACUGUCAUCCAAUCUGUCACUCAGGGAUGGGUGUGUCCACUGUGUCCGCGGCUCGCAUCUUGAGGGGACAGAUGGAAGGAAGGUCGGGAGAGGAGACAGUGCUCGCCAUGGAUACCUUCCCUUACCUUGCCCUCUCUAAGGUUGGAUGAACCCCUGCACUAUUGCAUCCUAAACCUCCCACUAUGCUUCCAUUCGAACACUCACUCCUUGGUUUCAUUUAAGGAAGCUGUUUUACAUGCUCUCUUCUCUUGACAUUUUGUUUCUUGUCCCAUUUCACCCUACUACAGCUCAGUACAGUCCUCUUGGUGUUGUUGUGAGAAAAUGUUACACAGCUUAAGUUUAAUUUGACAUUUAAAAUGAAAAUGCAACCAUUGUGGUGAAAGCAGGAAACACAGAAUGUAGGUCUAAGGUCAGAAAGAAGUUAGCCAAGCAUAAUCCCAAAAUCUUUUAGUUCUCUUUGAAUUCUCCACAUUUGAAUAAGAAUUUCCGGUCUCUUCGGUGUCCGUUCCAGCAUCUCUCACACUCAUCAGUUGAGGUGCACUGAAUGGCAAACAAAAUAAUGUAGAUAAACAGGGACCUGAUUUAAAAAAAAGUUUUGUUACAGUACUUAUGUAUCGCUAUGCCCAUAAUUUGAGCGUGUACGUGUUUGUUUUGUGCCAUACAGACGUACAGUGUUGAUAAGCAGGUAGCAGACAGCGCUAGCACGGCUACAGCGUACCACUGCGGAGUGAAGGCUAAUGCUAAGACAGUGGGCCUCAGUGCCAACGCAGUGGCCUACGAGUGUAACACCACCUUCGGCAAUGAGGUGUACUCCGUGCUACAUCGCGCCAAAGCACAAGGUAUGGUGUACCGCAGCAUGCUAAUAUUUAUGCAGACAAGCGAAAACGAAAUACACAUAAAACACACAGUCACACACACACACACACACACACACACACACACACACACACAAAGGCUCACCUACACUACCCAUUCACAGCCACCCCACACACAUUCCAAUGCAAUAUUGACCCUUCGCUAAGCCCCGCCCCAACAUUUUGGAAAACCAAUCGCAGCGCUCCGGUGGAUAGCAACUGCCGCUAACCUAUUUUGUUUCUGUAGCUAUAGCUUCAAUAGUGGUGAACUACUCCAGGAUUUUUGGAGUCGACUCCUGCUAUCGGAGUCAACACUCUCAACUCCGACUCCAAUUUGACAAGACUGAACCAGAAUGAGCUAAAAAUAGCUACAGCUGCAAUGUCAGCGUAGGCAGGGCGAAACCUGUUUAGAUUAUUUCUGGUAUAUCAUCAAAAGUAAUCAAUCACAGCACGUUUUUGGACUCAUUCGGCAGUUUUUACCUGGUUAAGUUGAAUACUAUUGAAAAUGUAUGUUGAAAGUUCAAUUUAUAUUCCCUAAAACAUAAGUUGAAAAUUAAGCUGUCGCUGCUUCCUGUCAAUAACUUUUGAUAAAUAGCCAGAUGUAAAAAAAAAAAUUUAGUCAGUUUUAAAGUGUCCAAAUCACUAACCAAUAUGCAGAAACAGUUUGUGAUAUAUUGAAAACUUAAACAUAAAAUGUACUAUCUACACGUGCUCUCCCCUACAUAUUUAUUUGGACAGUGAAGCAAAACCUUUCACUUUGGAUCUAAACUCCAGCGUUUUGGAUUUGAGAUGUUUUAUAUGAGGCGACAGUACAGAAUGUCACCUUUUUUAUUUGAGGGUAUUUUCAUACAUAUCCGUUUGACCUUUUAAAAUUGAAUGCACUUUGUGUAUCUAGUCCCCCCAUUUGAAGGUGUCAUAAGUAUUUGGACAAAUUCACUUAUAGUGUAUCAAAGUAGUCAAAAGUGUCUCAUUGACCACAAUUGAAAACAUUGCUAACGCUAGCUAGCCAGUUAAUAUAACUUAUUUUCUCCAAAUGCAUGUUAGCUAGUUAAGUUAGCCAACGUUAUAUUAUCAAUACAACUCUCCUCUACUGUUGACAUCAGGAUAUGAUUUUAGAUCAUUAAUUAGCUCCAGAAUUGGUUAGUAGCUUUGACUGCAUGCUGACAAUGCGUUCAGAGCCAUCCAGUGGCUAGCCACACUACAAAUUUAAUUUUACCAAGUCCCCGUAAAGCAAUUGUAACGACAGUUCACCGAAACAUAACCGAAAGUCUUCAGAUUAGCAACGGGUAGUCUGUGUUUGAUUUCAUUGUGUAUCAAAACACAGUUUGAGAUCAUUGAGAGGGGUUUUCUCCAGUAGUUUGAAUGGGGAAUUGAAACUGUUGACCAAGGUAACAACAGUAACCAAGGGGGCGGGGCAUACAAAUGGUCAAGGUUCACUAUCAUUACAUAUAUCUCCUAUUUCCUUGUAUCCACACCCUCACACGCUCCGCCAUAGAUAGAUAGAUGAGGAUAAUAGGAUUGCAAGGUUAUUUAAAGUGCAAUGUUCUUAACUCAUUAUCUACUGUAUCUGGGAGUAAACCGAUCAUCUGAUAAAGGGUUCUCUAGCAAAAAUAAAGUCCCUUAAGUCACCCUUAAAGGCCCAGUGCAGUCAACAUUAUAUUUUUCCUGUGUUUUAUAUCAUAUUUUACAACAGCUGAUGAAACUCGCACUGUAAAAGUGUGAACAAAUUUGAUCAGUGUUUACAUUUACAUUUUUACAUUUUAGUCAUUUAGCAGACGCUCUUAUCCAGAGCGACUUACAGGAGCAAUUAGGGUUAAGUGCCUUGCUCAAGGGCACAUUAACGUCAUUUAGCAGACGCUCUUAGCCAGAGCGACUCACAAAUUGGUGCGUUCACCCUAUAGCCAGUGGGAUAACCACUUUACAAUUUGGGGCGGGGGGGGGGGGGGGUUAGAAGGAAUACUUUAUCCUAUCCCAGGUAUUCCUUAAAGAGGUGGGGUUAAUUCCUCAUAGUUGCUGUUUGAAAAUACAAUCGACACAGGAUCUUCUAAUCAGCAGGUUAGCGUGGACGGGAGUUUCGGCUUUCCAUGGUGACAUCACCAUGUGGUAAAUUGGUUAAUAGACCAAUAGUAAAGAGAGUUCCAAACCUCUCUGCCAAUAACAGCUUGUUUUCCCUUUUCCCCUCCCCACUCAGACCACUCCCAGACAGUUGUAGCAACACUCUUGCUUGAGAAAUAGUUUUUUUUUUUUUUUGCUCAAAAGCCAUUUUUGCCCAUUUGAAUGGAAAUCUAUUACAGUAAGGUGCUUAAUUGUUACCCAGCAAUGAUUUGAUAUUUAUCUAAAAAUGGCUGCAUUGGGCCUUUAACACCCCAUAACCCUUAUACUUGUUAAUCAUUGAUUUUGGCCGGGAUUCAUUCCAAAACAGAUUAACGACCUGCACACAGCAAAAUACUUUUCAAUUUCCCAGACAUUUGUGGACAUUGAGUUGGCUGUAAACAGUUCCGUAGAUGUAGACUCGAGUAUAAAUGAGUUUGUGGGCGAAAGGUAGCCUAGUGGUUAAGAGCGUUGGGCCAUCAACCAAAAGGUCGCAAGUUUGAAACCCUGAGCUGACUAGGUGAGAAUCCUGUUAGUCCCUCUGAAUAAGAGCGUCUACUGAAAAUGUUUGUGUGCCUCAAUAUGAUUUUGUAAAUGUGUACCAUUGUAGAAUCUUUUUUUUUUUUUUUUUUGUGUCUGUCAGUGAAUAGUGUGUGCAUGUUCAGUUCAGUUCUCUCACGUCACCCCGCUCCUCCGCACACUCCACUGGCUUCCAGUUGAAGCUCGCAUCUGCUAAAAGACCACGGUGCUUGUCGACGGAGCUGUGAGGGGAACAGCACCUCCGUACCUUCAGGCUCUGAUCAGUCCUUACACCCAAACGAGGGCAUUGCGUUCAUCCACCUCUGGCCUGCUGGCUCCCCUACCUCUGCGGAAGCACAGUUCCCGCUCAGCCCAGUCAAAACUGUUCGCUGCUCUGGCACCCCAAUGGUGGAACAAGCUCCCUCACGACGCCAGGACAGCGGAGUCACUCACCACCUUCCGGAGACAUUUGAAACCCCACCUCUUUAAGGAAUACCUGGGAUAGGAUAAAGUAAUCCUUCUACCCCCCCCUUACCCCCCCCAAAAAUAAAUAAAAUAAAUAAAUUGUAAAGUGGUUAUCCCACUGGCUAUAAGGUGAAUGCACCAAUUUCUAAGUCGCUCUGGAUAAGAGCGUCUGCUAAAUGACGUAAAUGUAAAUGUUGAUGUAAAAUGUGUGGAAGUGUGUCCUAAUAUGGACAAUGUACACCUCUGUGUUUGUCAACGGGAUAUCUACAGUGUGCUUGUGUGUUCCAGGGAAGUCGGUUGGCAUCGUGACCACCACUCGCGUACAGCAUGCCUCUCCUGCUGCCGCCUAUGCCCAUUCAGUGAGCCGCAGCUGGUACAGCGAUGAUGACAUUCCCUCUAGUGCCCGCCGACAGGGCUGUGUCGACAUUGCCACACAGCUGGUGACCAAUGUUGACAUCGAUGUAAGUCUCCAUAAAGGCCUUAUAUUGGGCAUCGCAGUCUACGUGUACUGUCAUCUCAUGUCAUUCUUUUUUACUGCAGUAUUUUACCAAACCUGGUCCCAACACACUGGGCACAGAUGUCAGUUCAACGUCUAGUUUUGAUUUACGUUUGGUUGAGUUGUCAACUGAAGUGAAUUUAAUGUGAAAUCAACAAAAGACUUCACCAUAUCGUUGGAUUUGGGUUAAACGUUGGGUGAAAAAAAGACAAAAUGCCUUUACAUUGAUUACUUUUUUCAAAUGCAAAAAUGUUUCCACGUUGAUUCAAUGUCAUCAUAUUUCAUUUUGGGGUUGAAAUUAUGUGGAAACAACAUUGAUCCCAACCAAUCUGUGCAGAGUGGGAGGAGUCCCAAAGGGAUUAACAUUUUAGUUUUGGCCCUAGCACUCCAGAAGGACAGAUUUGUUGAAAUAAAUAAAAGAGAGUAAACAAUCUGGGGAAAGCAGUUCCCCCUGUGGUAACAGUAAUCAACUCAACAUCAAGCCUUUGAUUUGAUUUAGGUGUGUUAGUCCCAGGGCAAAAACAAAAAUGUGCACUCCUUUGGGUCCCCAGGACCAGGAUUGGGAAGUACUGUACUGUGUGUGGAAUGUACACAGUAAUAUGAAGUAUAUAUCUGGUGCAACAGGUUAUCCUGGGUGGGGGGCGGAUGUACAUGACACCAAAGGGAACUCCAGACCCUGAGUAUCCCACUUCCUCGUCCCGGAAAGGGGAUCGCAAAGACAAGAGGAACCUCAUUGAUGUCUGGAUGAAGGCCCAAAAGGUACGCAUUGAUUCUGUCCGUUGUUGGUCACUUUGAGGGGAUAUUGUAUGAGCCUUUACACCUAAGGAUGUGUCUGGAACCUGUUGUUAGUUAGAACCCCACAGAACUGUGUUAGUGUUCUGGAAUAUGUUGUAUAUUAGAACUCGACAGAACUGUGUUAGUGUUCUGAAACCUGUUGUUAGUUAGAACUCCACAGAACUGUGUUAGUGUUCUGGAACCUGUUGUUAGUUAGAACCCCACAGAACUGUGUUAGUGUUCUGGAAUAUGUUGUAUAUUAGAACUCGACAGAACUGUGUUAGUGUUCUGAAACCUGAUGUUAGUUAGAAUUCCACAGAACUGUGUUAGUGUUCUGGAACCUGUUGUCUGGUAGAAUUCCACAGAACUGUGUUAGUGUUCUGGAACCUCCUGUCUGUUAGAACCCAACAGAACUGUGUUAGUGUUCUGGAACCUGUUGUCUGGUAGAAUUCCACAGAACUGUGUUAGUGUUCUGGAACCUCCUGUCUGUUAGAACCCAACAGAACUGUGUUAGUGUUCUGGAACCUGUUGUCUGUUAGAACUCCACAGAACUGUGUUAGUGUUCUGGAACCUGUUGUCUGGUAGAAUUCCACAGAACUGUGUUAGUGUUCUGGAACCUCCUGUCUGUUAGAACCCAACAGAACUGUGUUAGUGUUCUGGAACCUCCUGUCUGUUAGAACCCAACAGAACUGUGUUAGUGUUCUGGAACCUGUUGUCUGGUAGAAUUCCACAGAACUGUGUUAGUGUUCUGGAACCUCCUGUCUGUUAGAACUCGACAGAACUGUGUUAGUGUUCUGGAACCUGUUGUCUGUUAGAACUCCACAGAACUGUGUUAGUGUUCUGGAACCUGUUGUUAGUUAGAACCCCACAGAACUGUGUUAGUGUUCUGGAACCUCCUGUCUGUUAGAACCCCACAGAACUGUGUUAGUGUUCUGGAACCUGUUGUUAGUUAGAACCCCACAGAACUGUGUUAGUGUUCUGGAACCUGUUGUCUGUUAGAACCCCACAGAACUGUGUUAGUGUUCUGGAACCUCCUGUCUGUUAGAACUCGACAGAACUGUGUUAGUGUUCUGGAACCUGUUGUCUGUUAGAACCCCACAGAACUGUGUUAGUGUUCUGGAACCUCCUGUCUGUUAGAAUCCCACAGAACUGUGUUAGUGUUCUGGAACCUGUUGUCUGUUAGAACCCCACAGAACUGUGUUAGUGUUCUGGAACCUCCUGUCUGUUAGAACCCCACAGAACUGUGUUAGUGUUCUGGAACCUGUUGUCUGUUAGAACCCCACAGAACUGUGUUAGUGUUCUGGAACCUGUUGUCUGGUAGAACUCCACAGAACUGUGUUAGUGUUCUGGAACCUCCUGUCUGUUAGAACUCCACAGAACUGUGUUAGUGUUCUGGAACCUGUUGUCUGUUAGAACCCCACAGAACUGUGUUAGUGUUCUGGAACCUGUUGUCUGGUAGAAUUCCACAUAACUGUGUUAGUGUUCUGGAACCUGUUGUCUGGUAGAAUUCCACAGAACUGUGUUAGUGUUCUGGAACCUCCUGUCUGUUAGAACUCCACAGAACUGUGUUAGUGUUCUGGAACCUGUUGUCUGUUAGAACCCCACAGAACUGUGUUAGUGUUCUGGAACCUGUUGUCUGGUAGAACUCCACAGAACUGUGUUAGUGUUCUGGAACCUCCUGUCUGUUAGAACCCAACAGAACUGUGUUAGUGUUCUGGAACCUGUUGUUAGUUAGAACCCCACAGAACUGUGUUAGUGUUCUGGAACCUCCUGUCUGUUAGAACCCAACAGAACUGUGUUAGUGUUCUGGAACCUGUUGUUAGUUAGAACCCCACAGAACUGUGUUAGUGUUCUGGAACCUCCUGUCUGUUAGAACCCAACAGAACUGUGUUAGUGUUCUGGAACCUGUUGUUAGUUAGAACUCCACAGAACUGUGUUAGUGUUCUGGAACCUCCUGUCUGUUAGAACCCCACAGAACUGUGUUAGUGUUCUGGAACCUGUUGUCUGGUAGAACUCCACAGAACUGUGUUAGUGUUCUGGAACAUGUUGUCUGGUAGAAUUCCACAGAACUGUGUUAGUGUUCUGGAACCUCCUGUCUGUUAGAACCCCACAGAACUUCAGCCAGUUCCCUUAUGAAAAUGGCAAAAUAAAUGUAAUGGUCAUGUUAAUUAGGGCACACAAUAGAAAACUUUUUGCAACUGAAAACUUUUUUGCAAUGGAAAACUAAAAUGAGCAUUACUCAUUUUAUUGGUCGCUUACACAUAUUUUGCUGAUGUUAUCGCAGUUGCAGUGAAUUGCUUAUGUUCCUAGCUCCAACAGUGCAAUAUCAGACUCCGGAAUAUAAAUAUACAGUGCCUUCAGAAAGUAUUCACACCCCUUGACUGUAUUACAGCCUGAAGCAUAGCUAAUAGAACUAACGCGUUAGUAAACCCGCUAAGCAGUUAAACAGGCGGGCCCCGGUGACAAUAAAUUAUAAAACCAAAAGCUUACCUUGACUUGGAAGAGUUCCAGUGUAGUGUUGGAUAGUCAUAGCCAGGUAGCUAACAUAGCAUCCCUCUGUUUGAGCAGGGUGUUUCAGUAGGCUAAACUAGCUAGCUGUAUUUGAUAGCUAACUAAGUGAAACUGAAAGUGAAAAAAAAAUUUCUAUAUAUAUUUCUCUCUUGCUUCUCCUUCAUUUUGGAAGAAAUUAAUUUGUUCACAACUGUUCAACUAUUGUCUUUCUCUCUCUUCGAGUCAACUACUCACCACAUUUUAUACACUGCAGUGCUAGCUAGCUGUAGCUUAUGCUUUCAGCACUACAUUCAUUCUCUGAUCAAUUGAUUGGGUGGACAACAUCUCAGUUCAUGCUGCAAGAGCUCUGAUAGGUUGGAGGACGUCCUCCGGAAGUUGUCAUAAUUACUGUGUAAGUCCAUGGAAAGGGGUGAGAACCAUGAGCCUCCUAGGUUUUGUAUUGAAGUCCAUGUACACAGAGGAGGACAGAGGCUAGCUGUCCUCCGGCUACACCAUGGUGCUACCUUACAGAGUGCUGUUGAGGCUACUGUAGACCUUCUUUGCAAAAUAGUGUGUUUUAAUCAAUUAUUUGGUGACGUGAAUAUAUUUAGUACAGUUUUAUCUAAAAAGGAUAACUUUUUCAAUGUUUUACCAUUUUUAUUUUUUUGAAAUUCACUGAGGAGGAUGGUCCUGCCCUUCCUCCUCUGAGGAGCUGCCGCUGGACAGUAUAUGCAUAGGAAGAGGUGUGUACAGCAGUAGUUAUACAAGAUGAGCCAUGACUAGAAUACAGUAUUAUACAUAUGAAAUGGGUAAAUCAGUAUGUAAACGUUAUUAAAGUGACCAGCGUUCCAUUAUUAAAGUGACCAGUGAUUCCAUGUCAUAGGGCAGCAGUCUCUAAGGUGCAGGAUUGAGUACCAGGUGGCAGCCGGCUAGUAACAGUGACUAAGUCCAGGUUGUACAUCACGUUAGAGUAUGUUUUCUUCCAUUUGUUACCCACUGAACAUGAGCCAGGUGUAAUAUACAUCUUAGGCCGGUAUCUACUACAUAAUUGCCAGUAUAAUUAUUAGGUGUAACUAAUGUUGUGUUAUCUCUUGACGUCAAUGGGAAAGCUAUGAAUCACACAGUGUCCUCUGUGUCUCUGCGAUGUCUGUGUUUCAGGACAAGAAUUCCCAGUAUGUUUGGCACAGGAAGCAGUUUGAUGAGAUUAAUGUAAAGACUACUGACCGUCUCCUGGGUAGGUUGGUUUAACCAACAUGUACAGGUACACACACUCGCGCACACGCGCGCACACACACACACACACACACACACACACACACACACACACACACACACACACACACACACACACACACACACACACACACACACACACACACACACACACACACACACACACACAUACAUCAGAGGUGGCUGGUGGGAGGAGCUAUGGGAGGACAGGCUCAUUGUAAUGUCUGGAAUGGAAAUUAUGGAAAGGAGUAAAACCUGGUUUCCAUACGUUUUAUAUGUUUGAUACCAUUCCAUUGAUUCCAGCUAUUACAAUGAGCCUGUCGUCCUAUAGCUCCUCCCACCAGCCUCCUCUGACACACACGUGCACACAUCCUACACACAACCACACGUACUCUCAAACACACUCACAAACACCCGGAAACAUACAUUCCCUUAGCCGCUAGGGUACAUGAAGGUUAUCAGGUGUUGGUGUUACAUAGAUGAUUCCAUAGGAAAGAUAACCCAUAAGUGGUUUCAGUAUGCGAGAGAAAAUCAAAGGAGGGCUUAUCAGAUCUUAUCACUCAUCUGGUAUUCCAGGAAGGUUGGUAACUUUAGUGGUUAUGCAACUUUGUUACACAAUCACUUAUCCAACAGCAUUAUUGCAAACUCAACAAAAACUGUUCCAAGACCGAAUGAUCUCUUGAGUGGCAACCAUUCUGUUGACUAAUGAAUGAUAAGACUGUCUCUGAAGUUUUGUCUGAGAGAUUGAUGAUUUCCUAAUAUGGAUGCCAUGCACGGGGGGCGUUGAGUUUUUCUUCACCAGGAAAAAACGUACUUCUGUCAUUAACUGUUACCACAAGAUGAACUGCGUUCCCAACAUUGGUUUUCUCUCUUUAUUAGUUUCUUCCUCCCUCUCUCUUUCCUUCUUGUGGCGGCAGGUCUCUUUGAGCCAAAGGACAUGCGGUUUGAGGUUUUCCGAAACGCCACACGUGACCCGUCCAUCGUUGAGAUGACAGAGAAGGCCAUUCAGAUCCUCAGCAAGAACCCCAAAGGAUACUUCCUCUUUGUAGAAGAUGAGUACCUCUAUUUAAUCAAAACACAUACUGUAGCAUGGGGUAAUACAGUCCCCAUAACACUAUUACCAAUACAGCUACAGCAAGAACCGCUGAGAUGAAGAAUUUACCCAGGAUGCCUUCUGUUGAACAUUUAUGAUAUUGUAAUUAUUGACAGCAAUUAUUGACAGCAUGUAUUGAAAGCUGUGGUUGUAUUGACAGCUGUGGUUGUAUUGACAGCUGUGGUUGUAUUGUGGUUGUAUUGGCAGCUGUGGUUGUAUUGACAGCUGUGGUUGUAUUGACAACUGUGGUUGUAUUGACAGCUGUGGUUGUAGUGGCAGCUGUGGUUGUAUUGACAGCUGUGGUUGUAUUAACAACUGUGGUUGUAUUGACAGCUGUGGUUGUAGUGGCAGCUGUGGUUGUAUUGACAGCUGUGGUUGUAUUGACAACUGUAGUUGUAAUGGCAGCUGUGGUUGUAUUGACAGCUGUGGUUGUAGUGGCAGCUGUGGUUGUAUUGACAGCUGUGGUUGUAUUGACAACUGUGGUUGUAAUGGCAGCUGUGGUUGUAUUGACAGCUGUGGUUGUAAUGACAGCUGUGGUUGUAGUGGCAGCUGAAUUGUUUCUUGUAAGAAGUUCAAGAGGGGUCAAGUCCUAAAUUGAGAUAGGCUACUCAAAUGUUCACGCAAAUUUCACAUUUACAUUUACAAUUAAUGAUUCAUGCAAGGAUCUCAAAUUGGGAUUCAAUGAUAAAGGAGUAGACAGAUGUACAUUUUUAGGACACCCUGUCACGAUCGUUUAUGGAAGAUACGGACCAAGGCGCAGCGUGAUAAGCGUACAUUUUAUUAAGUACUUAACUCACGACAAAACAACAAACAAACGAAACGUGAAGUCCUAGGUUACACAAAACAAACCUUAACGGAACAAGAUCCCACACCGACUAGUGCCAAACAGGCUGCCUAAGUCUGGUCCCCAAUCAGAGACAACGAGAUACAGCUGCCUUCUGAUUGGGAACCACCCUGGCCAACAUAGAUCUAAAUGAUCUAGAACAUCAACAUAGAAAAUAUAACACAGAAACUACACACCCUGGCUCAACAUUUCAGAGUCCCCAGAGCCAGGGCGUGACACACCCUGAGUCUUAAGGCCCCCACUUCUUGAGUCAAUCAUCAACUCUCCUUGAGUCAAUCAUCAACUCUCCUUGAGUCAAUCGGCACACCUCAACCUCACACCAAAGGGGCCUUUCUGAGUUGUGUUGUUCUUGUUUUACGAGGGAGAAUUGACCAUGGGCACCACGAUGGCAUUGCCAAGCUGGCUCUGACAGAGGCCGUGAUGUUUGACCGGGCAGUGCAACGAGCCUCCCGGCUCACCAGAGAAUCAGACACCCUCACUGUCGUAACCGCAGACCACUCCCACGUCUUCACCUUCGGAGGAAACACCCCCCGUGGAAACCCCAUCUUUGGUACGGCCCAAAACAGUCUUAGGCCCACGUCUGUACAGAUAGUACAGUGCCCAUUUUAGGACAUCCUCAAGGAUCGCAAGGAUGUCCUAAAAUGUACACCGUACUGUAAGAUAUACAGUCAAAGGUGCAAUGUUUUUAGUUGUCUUUUCACUUCAAUGUCAGAUAUUUUUGUGUCCAGCAUGUAAUGUAAUGUUCACCGUCAUGUUAUGUCAACCAUUUUGUGUCAGGUUUGGCACACAAGAAGGCAGAUGAUAGGAUGCCAUUCACCAGCAUCCUGUAUGCCAACGGUCCUGGUUACGUACAUGCGAAUGGGACGAGAGGAAACAUCACAUCGGUGGAUUACUGUAAGUAUACAGUGGAUUACUGUAAGUAUACAGUGGAUUACUGUAAGUAUACAGUGGAUUACUGUAAGUAUACUACAACUAUUAUAAUAAUACAGGCGGUAGCUGUUUUGUCAAAUGUGUGCGCAUGUGAAUUGUUUGUGUGUGUGUGUGUGUGUGUGUGCGCAUGUGUGUGCAUGUGUGUGUGCACAUGCGUGCAUGCAUGUACGUAUGUACUUGCAGAUGUGCUCAUGUUCCUCUUUUGUACAUGAUUGUGGUAUAUUGUAGGCCAUUCAUACUGUUUUGUUCUUAGCCCCAGGUUAGACUGGCCCUGGGCUAAGCUUAGCCCAGGGUUAACAAAUGCUUGUGUGAACACAGGAUAAGCUAGUCCAGGGCCAGUCUAACCUGGGGCUAAGAACAAAACAGUAUGAAAAGGUCUACAAUAUACCACAAUCUAACGGACGAACACACAUGCGACCAACAUUCUAUCUCUGUAACGCGACCAAUGAUAUAAAGCGAUAAGACAUUUAUUAACACAUUAUUUCCCCUUGCCUCUAGCCUAGCAUUUUGAUUUCCAACAGUGAUGGUUUGUGUGAACCUUUGCUGUCUGCCUGUCCGACCUCGGAAACAAUGUUUACCUUUUGAAAUUCACAGAGAAUGCUGUGAACGAACGAGACAUCAACUUUUCUGAUCCAGGCAAAAUCAUGCAACAAUAUUAUUAUCAUGGAUAUAUCCAAUUAAAUGUCAAUAGAAAAUCUAUGAAAACAGAGGAAAAUUGAGUGUUUGCUGCCCUUCCAGCUGUAGAGUUUGUAGCUUUAGAUGUUAGCCAGCCUGCAUAGCAACCAUUUUUGUUAGGCAUAGCAACCAAUGUUUUUGCACCGAUGAAAGUAUUUUGGUUUUCGUCCUCAGAUAUAAGGAUGAAAUAGUCUGGAUAACAAGCAGAACACAUUACAGGCAUCACCAGCAUAUGUAAAUUAAGUGACAGUGCAGCUUUUGUGAUUGGACAGGCAGCAGUCUAGGCGUGGUUCUUGACCCCGUUUCUCACUGUCUAUUUUGGCACCGUGUUUCUGGGGCUAACUUCGAAAAGUCGGUGCUAACCCUGGUUUCGGAGCAGGACCAGCUAGCCCUGGGAUAAGAUUGGUGCCAGCCCACAUUACAGUGCGCAAGUGUGAACACUCGCUUAAACCCGGGAUAAAAUCUCCCUUAGCUCAGGGCUAAGGACGCUCUUAGCCCUGGGCUAAGGUGCAGUUUGAAAGCGCCUUGUAUGUGUUUAUAAACACGUACACAAAUUGGGCUUUAACCACAACCUCUCUGGUUCUCAGACGAUGAGGAGUACAUGCAGCAGGCUGCAGUCCCUCUGGAGUCUGAGACCCACGGCGGGGAGGACGUGGCCAUCUACGCCAAGGGCCCCAUGGCCCACCUCUUCCACGGGGUCAAAGAGCAGAACUACAUCGCCCACGCCAUGGCCUACGCAGCCUGCAUCCCACCCUACACGGACUGCCCCCCACAUCCAUCCGCCUCAGCCGGACACACACACGCCCUCUCUGGGCUGCUUUUCUGUCUGGCCAGCCUCCUUUGGCUCCUGUUCAGAUGAUGACACACACAAUCCGACAAUCAUGGGUCCAUAUCAGGACAGUCACACGUCCAUGGAUGUUGUGUCAGAGAUGGGAGAAAUGGGGCAAAUCUAGGUGCCUAGAUUGCUACGUCAUAUUGCAGCAAAUUCGGAGGGUAGUCCUGACAGGGACUUGAACCCGGAUCCAGGGACUGUCAACCCCAACAUCUUAGCCAUUACGCCAAGAGCUAGGGGUUAUUUGGCUUGUAACCAUAGCGGAACCCUUUUUGGUGCUAUAUGGAAUAAUUUUUUGAAGGUUCUAUAAAGAACAAUGCUCAUAAGGUUUUAAAUGCAACCUGUAUGGUGCUAUAAAAAACCUUUUCCUAAACAUUCUAUAAAGAACCAUUAAGAAAGAUUCUAUGUAGCACCUAAACAGGGUUCCGCUAUGCUUACAACCCUGUUUGAGGCUUUAUAGAACCCUUUUUUUAUGGUUCCUUAUAGAACCUUUA